CAAUCUAUAAAUUACUUCUAAUAAUAAUAAUUAUAAAGGACUCAUGCCAACAGGGAUCGUUGACAUUCUGUUUAUUUCAAACCUGUAUUAGAAUGAAACAAGUUUAUUUCUCGAUUUAUUUUAGAGCAACGAUCGUUGAAGCUUUUAAUUUGGGAUGCAACAGCGCGAUUGUCACAACAAAUGAUGCUGAGCAAGCAAUAAAAAAUUUACUAGUCGCAACCAAAAGGUCCACGCAGAGAAAAAACAGGAAUAUUGUAAUGAUAACUUCGACUAAAGAACCAUCAGAGAUAUUAAAUUUGGACGAACUCGACAACUUUGCAAAUUUCGUGGUUGGCCUGAUAAGCCAGAGUGAAGUGACGUUUUGGCGGCAAAACUUUGUCGGAGCCACCAGGACCGAGCAGAGGACGCCGGUUUUUGUUGAUGUUUGGAGAAAUGAAGGUUUUUUGCUAGGAACCAAUUUCUUCCCGGAAGAUUGGGGGAAUUUGAGGGAAAGGAAAUUGCGAAUGGCUACCUUCAACUAUCCGCCAUAUUCUAUUAUUGGUAUAAAGGCUACAUCGACCUUGAUCCCGAAUACUCAAAUCAAAUAUAUAAUAUUAUUUUAUAAAAAAUACCUGAAAGAUUUUCUUGUACAAAUUCUUGCUUUCCUAGAACUCGGGUUUGACCUAAUAAUAUACUAUGGGAACAGAUUGGAUGGAACGGAAAUGAAAUUUGCUUUGGAACUGGCUAAAAAACUGAAUUUCACAUGGGAACUGGUCACCGAUUCUGCUCAGUGGGGCCAAAUUUUCGAAAACUCAACAGGCGACGGAAUCCUGGGGAAUGUUGCAAGUGACAAGGCAGACUUUGGGUUUGGUGCGCUGUAUCUGUGGUACAACGAGUAUCAGUACUUGGACUUUACGAUCCCAUACAUUCGCACAGGCACGUGA